AUGAGUCAUUAAGGAGUACUAUCAACAAAGCAAUAAGAAGCAGCCUUCUUGAAAAUACUUAAAAAGUAAUGCAACUUGAUCUGUGCAGAUUGUUCAUCAAAGUCUCCCACCUGGACGUCUUUGGAUUUCGGAGUUUUUGUAUGCUAUAAUUGUUCAGGAUAACACAGAGCCCUCGGUUAAAAUAUAACUAGAGUGAGAUCAACUAAAUUAGAUUGUUGGACUCAAGAAAACGUUGAUAUGAUGGACGCCUUGGGAAACGAUCAGAACGAGUAUUGGGAAAGCAGAUUACAAAAGAAUAAUAAGAUUUAACCUUCUGCCACUCCAGAGGAAAUCAAAUAUUUUGUUUAGGAAAAGUAUGUAAAGAGAACUUGGGUAAAGUAGGGACUAGCUGAUCCAAAAACCAGAUAUACCUAAUGUCUAAUGAGCGGAGUACCUUUUAGAGUUUCAAAAACAAACACAUUUUUUAGUGAAAAUGGGAGUCAAGGUUAACAGGUAAAAGAUGAUAUGAAGCAAUUUCUUUCUACUUAGCAAUAAGGAAUUCAAAGAAAUAAUAGGCAAUUUAGUAUAGACUCUAGAUAAACACAAAAAGAUGCUAAUCUUAUCUCACCAGAUAAGGGAACUCAAUUCGAUUGGAAUUCGUUUAAUCAUUUCUCCACUGUUUCAGGGGUGCCCAACAAUCAAUCAUAGUAAACCAACCAAUUUUCAAUAUUUCCUAAAAAGUAAUAAUUGAAUGAAGAUUAAUCUCCCACUUUUAAACCAAAAAAUAGUAACUUAAAUGAAUUUGAUUUAUUAACCCAUUCAACCUUAGCUGAUAAUUCAUAAUUCACGGCUCACAAUAAAGCUCACCAACCAGCUUUACAACAAUAAACUCAUUAACAUUUCAAUAGUCACAAUCCAUAAAGUAAUUCUGUAAAUUAAUAAUCAUGGGAGUAAGCUUAGAAACAAGCCUAAGUGCAAUAAUAAUAACCAGCGAAUUAGUAAAUGAAUUACUAGUGCCAACAAAACUAAGUAAUAAAUCCUACAAAUAAUGGUUUUGGGUCUAAUAAUUAAUAAUAGGGCUGGGGAUCAUAACCUACAUAAUAGACAUAAUAAGUAUAGUAAUAAUCACCAUUGUAGUAUAAUUAAGCAAGUAGCAAGCCUCCUCUUCCUGGAAAAUAAAAUGUUUAGACUAAUUAUUAAACAACAAAUUUUGCUUAUUAAUAAUAACCUUAAAUGUAAUAAUAAGUACCUAAUCAAAUUAAUUAUUAAACAAAUUAAUAAUAACCUUAGGUAUAGCAAUAGUAAUUUGCCAAUAAAUAGCAAUCUGGAAAUUCCUAAUAAUACUAAUAAUAUCAAAAUACUAAUCAAAAUUACUAAAAUAAUAAAUAAAAUUUCGGAUUUGACAAUUAAAAUAAUAAUGUUGCUAAUAAUAAUUAGUAAAUAUAUUAAGAUUUUAACAAUUUCUCAUUUUAAACUAAUUAAGGAAGUCAGAAUAAUAAUAAUACUAAUAAUACUAAUUUUUAUAAUAACUAAUAAUUCAAUAGUUUUGAUGCAACUAACUAAUUUUAAAAUUAAAAAUACUAAAAUAAUCCAUUUGCAAAAGAUGUGUAAGACAUAAGGAACCUUUAUAAUACUCAAUAGCCGAGCAAGUAUGAUUAAUUGAGAAACAAUCCUUUUGUUUGA